AAAAGCCCGAAGUUGAAGAAGAUGACGAGAACACUAACGAAGUUGUAUUUAUUACUGGAAUGGUGGUACCUUACGUUGAGUACGAGCUCACGGGCUGGGUAUUGGCGCAGGUAUUGUACUGGAUCAGCGUACUUCACCUCACAACAUCGUUUGCAUUGCUCGUUUCCUUCUAUCAGCUCAAGGGCCAAACGUUGCUUAGUAGCCCGCUUGACGAGAUCCCACUCAUCACUUUUAAACGUGAAAAGGAAGUUGCGCGACGUCUGAUGUUUGAUGGGUGCUGGAUCACUGAAGAGGACAAUGAAGAGAGCGGUGUGAUCGAUACCCUUCUUUGGUACCUGGAUCGCAUUGUGAUCAGUUCGAAAUCAUUCCCAAUGAUGUACUGGGAUAAAUUCGUCAGGCGGAAGACUCGUCAAAAUUACACCUGUUGGCUUUGGGUCGGAGUGAUUCUCACGAAUGGCCAGUUCCUCUAUCGUGUCGGCUAUCUACUAUGCUCAGCUUGUGGAGUGUUUAUUUCGCCCUUCUUCUACGCAUUCCAUCUGAUCGACGUUGUACUCUCUUUCCCCAUGUUAAAAGCAAUUCUUCAAUCUGUCACUCAUAAUUUACAACAGUUGAUUCUCACCAUCAUGAUGACGUUGGUAGUUGUGUAUCUGUACACUGUGAUUGCAUUCAACUUCUUCCGAAAGUUCUAUGUUCAAGAAGGUGAAGACGGAGAGGAACCGGAUCGAAAAUGCCAUAACAUGCUUACGUGCUUCAUCUACCACUUCUAUGCCGGUGUCCGAGCUGGUGGUGGUAUUGGAGACGAAUUGGAAUCACCAUAUGGUGACGAGCUUGAAUAUCCACGAAUGUUUUACGACAUAUCAUUCUUCUUCUUCGUCAUCGUCAUUCUUCUUGCAAUCAUGCAAGGUUUGAUCAUCGACGCUUUCGGUGAGCUUCGAGACCAACAGGAAUCGGCAACGGAGAAGCUUGAAUCGUCUUGUUUCAUUUGCGACAUUGGCAAGGAGACUUUCGAUCGAAUGCCAAGAGGCUUCGAAAUUCAUACUACCAAGGAACAUAACUUCGCCAACUACUUAUUCUUCUUGCAACACUUAGUCAAUAAAGACGACACCGAAUACACAGGUCAAGAAACGUAUGUACGAGAAAAGUACGACAAUAGAGACUGGGACUUCUUCCCAGUUGGAGAGUGCUUCGUGAAACAGUAUGAAGAUCAACUGUUGCAGUCGUAA